AUGGAGAAUAAGGAAAUAAUAAAGCUGAAGAAGUGGAACCUGGUCGCUCUGUGGUCUCUAGACAUGAAGAUCGAGACCUGUGCAAUAUGCAGGAACCAUAUAAUGGACACAUGUGUGGAAUGCCAGAAUGGCAUUAUAAGCAAUGAUGAAUGCAAAGUGUCGUGGGGUGUCUGCAACCAUGCAUUCCACACACACUGCAUAACAAGAUGGCUAAGCUCCAAAAACGUUUGCCCCUUAGACACAAAGAAGUGGGUCUACUACAACCCAGAGGAAAAAUAA